UCAAGACUAAACAUUCACUAAAACAUUUCUUUUGUUUAAAAAAACAAUUAUUUAUUACUACAGAAAAAUGUUCGAAAAGACAAUUAUCUUCACUUUGGCUACAGUAUGUGUGGUAGUUUCAUCAUACCCAAUGAAUUUCGAAGAUGAAGCAGAACUAUACAGCGAUUACAUAACAAUCCCAGCCCAACGAGUACGUCGUUCACCUUUCGGUGCCUUCGGAUCCAGAAACAAUAAUCCAGGUGGUGGUUUUUCAAAUAAUGCUGGAUUCCAACAUGGACCAUUCAGUGCAUCUGUUUCACAAGGUUUCAAUCGUCAUGGUAUGGGUGGUCCACAAACAUUUAGUGGUGGUGCUAAUUUUGCUAAUCCAAAUACUGGAAGUGGUGUGAAUUUUGGCGUGAAUAAAACACCAUCAUUUGGCGGAAGUGCUACCGCAGGAGGUUCAAUUAAUUUACAUCAUACACCAAAUGGUAACUUGAAUGCUGUAGGACAACAUACUCAACAUUAUGAUAAAGAUUGGAAUCGUGUUGGACAAUCAAAUUUUGCUGGUCUACAAUAUCAAAAUAAGGAUACAAGUGUUGGUGUAGGUGCUACACAUGUGGAUCCUAAAUGGGGAAAAGGUGAAACACAAUAUGGUGUGAAUGUUGAAAAGAAAUUCUAAAAUGUUUACUCGAGGAAUGAUUAUUUAUUUUUUGUAAUAUUAGUUAUAUUUAAGCUAAAUAUACGUUUAAUUUUCUCAUAA